AUGUACCUGGUCAGUAUCCUAGGAAACCUACUCAUCAUCCUGGCUGUCAACUUUGACUCUCACCUCCACACCCCCAUGUACUUCUUCCUGUACAGCCUGUCCCUUAAUGACCUAUGUUUAAGCACUUCAAUGGUUCUAAAGAUGAUGAUGAAUAUCCAAACACAGGAUCACAGCAUUACCCAAACAGGCUGCCUUGCUCAGAUAUGUUUAGUCUUGGUUUUUAUUGGUUUGGAGACUUGUCUCCUUGAAGCAAUGGCCUAUGACCGCUAUGUGGCCAUCUGCCAUCCCUUUAGAUAUGCAGUUAUCCUGAACAUCUGCAUGUGUGUUUCACUGACUCUCUUCUCCUUGUUCAUUAGCAUCAUGGAUGGACUGCUACACAGGCUGAUGAUGAAGAGGCUGUCAUUCUUCACAGAGCUGAGAAUCCCCCACUUUUUUUGUGAGUUUGCCCAAGUUAUCAGGCUCACUUGUUCUGACACUUUGGUAGAUAACAUUGUCAUAUAUAUUGCAGUAUGCAUUUUCGGUGGUGUUCCUGCAUUUGGGAUCAUUUUGCUUUAUGUUCACAUUGUAUCAUCUUUGUUGAGAAUGCCCUCGCCUAAAUGA